CCCAAAUGCGCACACUCCAGAAGUCCAGAGUCCUUAACAUGGAAACCUACGCCGAGAUGGGCUCCGACGCUGGCGACCCUGCCCCGAACCCGUCGGCGAUGAAGGACCCACGUGCCGACGCCGCCACUGCAUUCCCCGCCCUCGCUGGCUCCGAUGCGCUCCUCGAUGCCUCCGGCCCCAACCUGGGUACAGUCACCGGCGCGAAGAAACGGAAGGCCCCGGCGACGGCGAAGGCUACGAGGAAGCCUCGCAAGCUGCAGGUGGAAGAACCGAUUCAGAUGCCUGUGUACUACGGGCGUAGAGAAGAUUUCUUCAGGGUGCGGGGAGAAGAUUUAGUUGAUGACUGCCCAGGACUUCACGCAAAGAACAAAUGUGCGCACUUAGUCGGUGAACUACCGCUGCAGCCGCAGUCCAUGUCGUUGGUGGAUCUGCAGCUCUGGAUCUUCAAACUGUUCCGGCUCCAUCCAGAGACACAGGAUCUCGAAAUUAAGGGCCUCCUCAAACAGUACAAGAACGACUUCUUUGAUGAAGAGUCCUCUGAUUUGGAAUGUCCUCUCGACUACUGCCCCUGGGACACACAUUAUUUCACGAGUGACAAGUGCUGGAGUUCCUUCGCCAACAAAAUGAAGAGAAAACGGAAUGUGACGCAGAAGUUCAUGCUGUAUGUGCAAUCCUCUGAGAUCAAGCACUACGACAUUUUGCUCAAAUCCGUAAAUAACGGUUAUUCUCACCUGCUGACGGUUGUGUUACCUGGGACGAAAUGCCUGUCAAGUAGUCGUAUCGGCUUCCGUGACCUUGUGGAAAAACCGUCAAUGACAGCGAUGGAAAUUGUAGAUUAUUUCAGUGGUCACUUGGGCGAGCACAUGAGUCCUGCUGAGGCGUGGAGGGCAAGACAGUCUGCGCUGGAGAGGGAGUACGGUACCUUUUAUGACUCACACAACUUUGCCCCGAGGUUACUUAGAGAAAUAGCACGCAAAAAUCCUGGUGGUUUUGUAGAUAUUAAGGAUGCAGAGGUUGCAGACUGUAAAGAUUUUCGAGUCCUCCAGCGUAUGUUUUGGGCAUUUGGACAGUGCCUACAGGCCUUCCGUACCUGUCGCCCUGUGCUAUGCAUCAAGGCCACACCACUAUGCGGGAAAUAUCAAGGGAUGCUGUUGACUGCUGUAGCAUUUGAUGCUAAUGAUUUCUCCAUUCCGGUAGCAUGUGCUAUCGUUGAGGGCGAGACCAAAGCAACCUGGCUGUGGUUUCUUCAGAAUUUGGAGCGAGCAGUGGUGCAUCAGUCUGAUGUUUGCCUUAUACAUGACUACAAAAGUGAGUUGAUCGAUGCUAUGGAGGACCUUCUGAAUUCUCGUCAACGAAAGUGGCGGAAAGCAGAAAGCCGGUGGUGCAUGGAGGACCUUGCUGAAGAUUUCUCUGCAUAUUUUGGCGACAAGGAGCUGGUAAUGAUGUUCAAGAAACUUUGUCAGCAGAAGCGACGCCAUAAGUUUGCUAAAAUGUGGAACGAGCUAGACGAGUUGACGUCCAAGUAUAUGUUGGAGAAAGAGCAAAGUGCUACCGGGGAAAUGCAGCUGGAACCAGUCGAGCAUGAGGUGGCAGGGGUAGAGGCAGAAAACCCACGCAACCAAUCUGAUUCAGUGGAGGAUGUGAAGGAAGGAGAACAAGCCGAUGAUAACAACAGAAAAAUAACAAAUUUCUCUGAUUGGAUUGAUCUGAAACCAAGGGAGAAGUGGUCACUGGCGUAUGACAGAGGAGGAGCAAGAUAUGGCAUCAUGGGCAGUGAUAUAACUGAUCUACACAAGAACGACCCUGUAUUGAAAGGGAUAACCUGCCUUCCGCUUAGUGCGAUAGUGGAGGUGACAUUCCUGCGCUUGGUAAAGUACUUCGAAAACACGAGUGCUGCAGCAAACAAAGCAAUUGGCAACCCAUCACUUAACUUCCCAGAACGUGUCCAGGUUGACAUGAAUUCCAAAAUGCAGAAAGCCGAGAUGCAUAACCUGACUUACACGUACACCACUGAUAAAAAUAUUAUUAGUGGGGAAGAUGAUCGGAAAUUUACAGUUGAGGGAAGGAAGAGGGAGGUGACCGUUCACCUGAAGUUGGAGAAUACCUUCAGCAUGGAUAAGUGUAAAGGAUCCACGAUUCGAAAAACUGCCACCUGUUCAUGCAACAAGCCGCAGCUGCUUCACAAGCCUUGCUCUCAUGUUAUUGCCGUCUGUUGUGAGAUUGGGGUUAGGACUGCUUCAUACAUGUCCCCAUACUACAGCCUGCCCUAUCUAGUUAGCACCUGGAGGAAAAAGUUCAGUAAGUUCUCACGCGAGUACAGAGAUAUUAUACCACACCAGUUCAGAGAUAUCAUACCAUUUGAACGUGAAACACCAACUUGGAUCCCAGAUAAAAGAUUGGAGUGUGGUCUUCCUGCUUGUCUGUCGCCGGACUGCAUACAAACUGCCAUGGUAGAGGAAGAGCAGCAGUGCAGAACUUAAAAUGGAUCAGCUGACCACAAUCAAGGAACCAAGACAUACCCAUAAGAUCCUAGCCAAACCUGAGCCUGUAAUAUGAUCUGUAAACUCAAGUUAUUCAUAUUUCGGAACCUUAA